CAUAUCUGCGUUCUCUGUGGCAAACCUCGAUCCCGAAAGUACCAAAUGAGCCACCCUUUGGUAGCGGGUCAAAUCCCCGAACCUAGGAUAUGUUCGAGACCAGCCUGUACACGAGCUCAAAGUGUACGAUGGGACGCCUCCCAUUUUCGGCCUUUGGUCGUUGAGGUCCAUCACUACUAUCAUAUUGGGCCCGGUUUCGAAGCCAGGCCCGAUCUAAUCUCAACUGCUGAAAUGCCCGGAGAGGGUUCUUUAACUGGCCGAGUUGAGGUAGCCGGGGACCCGAGUCACGGUACCUUUUCGCACAGGUACACACAAGGGCCGCUUUCUCCAAUACGGGAGGAAUCACCCCCACCUGUCAACAGGCUCACUAAACCUACCCUGUACUGUUACUAG